UUGUGAUCUGGGACUCGAUUGAAGAAAUAUUUUGGUUCGGUGGCAGUGAAUUUUCCGUCUGUUUUUAGUUAAAAUCCCCCAGAAUGAAGCUCCUCACAAAGAUUCUCUGCAUCUUUGUGCUCGUGGCAGCCGUGUCUUUGUACGCGUCAGGGCAAAAGACCAAAAGUGCACUAUCGGAAAAGGUCCAAGCUAUGCUCGACAUGAACGCGAAACGGUCCAUCUUGCGUUUCAACGGACAAAAAUUCAAGGAUUACGUAAAGACGGCACCUCGCAAUUACUCCGUUAUCGUGAUGUUUACGGCAUUGCAACCUGCUAGACAGUGUCAAAUUUGCCGACAUGCCCAUGACGAGUACCAAAUUGUUGCCAACUCCUACAGAUAUUCCAUGGCGUACUCGAACAAGUUGUUCUUCGUGAUGGUGGACUUUGACGAGGGCUCCGACGUGUUCCAGGCAUUGCGAUUGAACACAGCACCGGUAUUUAUGCACUUCCCAGCUAAAGGCAAGCCAAAAGGUUCCGACACCAUGGACAUUCAACGAGUCGGCAUCUCGGCGGAAGUUAUCGCAAAAUGGGUGCAGGAACGAACUGAUCUCCAAAUUCGCGUUUUCCGACCACCAAACUACUCAGGUACCAUCGCACUCUUGCUGCUUGUCAGUUUUGCCGGCGGAUUCCUCUAUUUGCGUCGCAACAACUUGGAAUUCCUGCAAAAUAAGCAAAUGUGGGCAUUACUAGCGGUACUUUUCUGCUUCGCCAUGAUCUCCGGUCAGAUGUGGAAUCACAUUCGGGGUCCGCCAUUCAUCCACAAAUCACAAAAUGGAGGUGUUGCGUACAUUCAUUCGUCAUCACAAGGGCAAUUAGUGUUCGAAACCUACAUUGUCUUCAUCUUGAACGGCUUGAUUGUCGUCGGAAUGAUUUUGCUCACGGAAUGCGGAGCCGAAAUGGACAAACGCAAAGGCAAGAUUAUGGCAAUUGUGGGUCUCGGCAUGGUGUGUAUCUUCUUCUCGUUGCUGUUAUCAAUCUUCAGAAGCAAAGCAGGCGGAUAUCCAUACAGUUUCUUGUUUAAAUAAAUUGUGACGACUCUUUUUCUGCAAAAAAAAAAAUUAAUUGUGAAAAGUCCAAAGAACAAAAUUUUUCAUUUUGUUAUAAAUGUACUAAUAAAAGACACCUGCAAUAAGCACCGAAAAUGAUUUAUUAAAAAUUGAAAUUGUGACUGGAUAAAUUUAUAUCUAUAGAUAGAAAAAAUGAAGAAUUAGUUGUAUCAAAUUUUCACACUUACAAAAAGAAAAUAAAGA